AUGAGUUUCUUCAAAUUCAUUGUUGCAAUUUUAUUGCCUCUUUUCUUCAUCCACAGUCACGGGAUAAUCAUCACCGUUCGAAACAACUGUCCCUACACUAUCUGGCCCGCUGCCGUGCCCGGUGGAGGUCGCCGCCUCGACAGCGGCCAGACAUGGACGCUCGGCUACCCUACAGAGAAGUUAGUCAAAAUAUGGGCUCGUACUAAUUGCACGUUUGAUUCAUCGGGUAGGGGUAAUUGCCUCACCGGAGACUGCCGCGGCUUGCUUGGAUGCAAAGAGUUGGGUGCACCUCCGGCGACUUUUGCCGAAUACGGGCUGAACAGUUGGGCCAAUAAGGACUAUUACGAUAUCUCUGUGAUGAAAGGGUUUAACGUGCCGAUCUCAAUGACUCCUACGUCAAAUGGAUGCAACAAAAGCGUAGGAUGUACGAGAGAUAUUACUGCGCAGUGCCCGAAUGAACUGAAAACGCCCGGCGGAUGCCAUAAUCCUUGCACUGUUUUUAAGACGAAUGAGUACUGUUGCGGCGUCGGGCGGUGCCAGCCGACGAAUUUCUCGAGGUUCUUCAAGAUUCGGUGCAGGGACGCCUUCACGUAUCCCCAGGAUGAUCCCACCAGUAUUUCCACUUGCCCCGCGGGAACCAGUUACAGUGUUGUGUUCUGUCCUUGA